UCUCUCUCUCUCUCUCCGCUGCCCAAGUUCACAAACCGCUGGCUAUGUUUAGUUUGGAUGGGCUGUCCCACUGUGUGAGUCUUUGCGUUGCCGUUACUACUGUUGUGCGUUGUUGGAUGGACGGAGCUCUAACCAUCUAAACUUUUCAACUUUUUUCAACAUUUUCUAGUUUCGUUUCUCAUCUGUCCGGAGUGAUUUUUGUUGAUGGCGCGGUCUAACCAAGAUGGACACGGGUUGUCUGCCGGUUGGAGACUAGAUAACCACUUCACCCACUGAAUCUAAAUGUAGACUUUAUUUAUUUAAACGCGGGGAAACGUGUUAUUCAUCAGGUGGAUGUAGUCUUAACCGGACUGGGCCAUUUCCACCCCAGAGGUCACGUCCUAUAAUGAACAUUUUCCCACUGAAGUUUCGGUGAACUUGUUUCUCUCCCUCCUCCCCCCCACGACUCGCCAUGUCGGGAGUGGUCCGCACCCUGAGCCGCUGCCUGCUCCCGGCCGACGCCAGCCGGGACCCGGGCGGUAGCAAGGAGAGGAGCCGGGAGAGGGACGCGGCGCAGGAGCGCGAGGCGCGACGCAGGAGCCGCGAGAUCGACGCGAUGCUCGCACGGGAGAGGAGAGCCGUCCGCCGGCUGGUGAAGAUCCUCCUGCUCGGGGCCGGAGAGAGCGGAAAGUCCACAUUCCUCAAACAGAUGCGCAUCAUCAACGGGCAGGAGUUUGAUCAGAAAGCACUGCUGGAUUUCCGGGACACUAUCUAUGAGAAUAUACUCAAGGGCAUGCGGGUGCUGGUGGACGCCCGGGACAAGCUGGGCAUCAGCUGGCAGAGCUGUGAGAACGAGAAGCAGGGCAUGCUGGUGAUGUCGUGGGAGGGACGCGUGGGCGCCUCGGGGGUCGAGCCCAGCGAGUUUCAGCUGUACGUGAUGGCACUGAGCGCGCUCUGGGCGGACACUGGCAUACAAGAGGCCUACGCACGGCGCUCCGAGUUCCAGCUGAGUGAGUCAGUGAAAUACUUCCUGGAUAACUUGGAUCGUAUUGGACAACUGAACUAUAUUCCAAGCAAGCAGGACAUUUUGUUUGCGAGGAAGGCGACUAAAGGAAUCGUCGAGCACGACUUUGUCAUCAAGAAGAUCCCUUUCAAGAUGGUGGACGUUGGAGGGCAAAGGUCUCAGAGACAGAAGUGGUUUCAGUGUUUUGACGGGAUCACGUCGAUACUCUUCAUGGUGUCAUCGUCUGAGUACGACCAGGUCUUGAUGGAGGAUCGAAGGACAAACCGUUUGGUUGAGAGUAUGAACAUCUUCGAGACGAUCGUCAACAACAAGCUCUUCCUCAACGUGUCCAUCAUCCUCUUCCUCAACAAAACAGACCUGCUGGUGGAAAAAAUUCGCACGGUUGACAUCCGCAAGAACUUUCCCGAGUUCAGGGGCGACCCUCGCAGGCUAGAGGACGUACAGGCAUUCCUGGUGCAGUCGUUCAGUCGUAAAAGGAGAAACCGAGGGAAGCCGCUGUUCCACCACUUCACCACAGCGGUGGACACAGAAAAUAUCCGCUUCGUCUUCCACGCCGUCAAGGACACCAUCCUGCAGGAAAACCUCAAAGAUAUCAUGCUGCAGUGACCUUCACGCUGCAGACGAUGGCUCCUCUUGACUGUAAACUGUGAAACCAGCCAUGAAUUCAAGCUUUGUUCUGAUGCGCAUUAACGCUGACCUGUGGAGCAGUCAGUUGACCCGGAGAAUGGAUCUAACUGAACUCUGAACCUGUGGAGCCAUGAAGUGACUCUGGACCUGUUGGCCUACAUUGGCCUCCUGUGGAAACUGUGAGGGUCACAGAGGACGAGACCCUGCGUUGUAACCUGUAAAAAUGUGUGUAUGCUGGAAAGACGUCACUUUCUACUACUUGUAGCACUCAAGUGUUCUUUCCUUAAUAUACAUGUUUAGAAAUGUAUAAAAAAUUAUUAGAAAAAAACACCAACUACAUGAGCACUGAAAGUGUUUUUCUCAGAUGUAUAUUUGACUGAUGACAACCCUGUCACUAAACCAAGUCAGAUGGCUGCCUGUUGAAAUGUGGCUGGACCAGGCUAAGUGAGCAACAAGCAAGCAGGGAGGAAAGAGAGCGAAAAGAAAGACGGAAAAAGUAGGAAAGAAAGUUUAGAGCGAGACGAAGAAUGCCUUGUCCUGAUGUACAUGUGACAGAGAGAGAGAGAGCGGGAGAGAGGGGUGAGGGUUUGGGCCCGUACUGGUCAUAUGCUGUGUUAUGUGAUAAGGUUGCACAAGUGUUCCUGUCAGUGAUCUUUAACAGAGGAAGGAGGUGGAUCUGUCUUACGCUCUCUGCUCUCUCCUGCACUGUCUUCUCUCCUUCCUUACUUUAUUCCCCUCAUCCCACCAUCCACACGGGGAGAUCAACAGCUGCAGAUAAUGAGUCGUGCUCCUCUUAUCCCGUCCCUCUCCUCUUCUCUCUGGCACAAUAGACAGAUUGUUCGCCCUCCUCCCUCUCGAACAGAAACAGUAGACGGUCAAAUUAGAGACUCCUCUUGGUUUAAAGAAACACACACACAGAAACAACACAUGAAUUAUGGUUCAUCUCUAUCCCUAUGCCCUUCUUCUGUUUCCCACCAACAUCCCAGUAUAUGUACCACAAUCGCCUAGACUAAAACUGAGGCAUUAUCCUAACUAUCCCCUUUACAAGAAGACUUUGGGAUAGGGUUACACAGCUUCCUCCUGAUCUUUUGUCCUGUAAACAUUAAGGGAAUGGCAGAAAAUAACAGGGUUGAACUGUUACUGAUAAUGGCUAUAGCAGUCAGUGUGAGAAGUCUACCUAUAAGACUGAAACAAAACAGAUUAUGCAGAUGAAAAUACACAGUGAGAUCCUUUUCUCUACUGUAUCUGGUAUUUUCUAUACAGGGGCAUCUCAGAGGCUAAUAUCAUGCCAAUAAUCCAAAACGAAAAAUGUUUUUACGUCAGUUUUAACCCUUGGUAAGGUCUAAAAAGUUAGAUCUAAUGAUUAGUUGAUCAAUAAGUCAGAAUUAUUCAUCAAUAAUUGUGGUAGUCAAUUACAUUUGCUGGUUCCAGUCUCUCAGAUGUAGCUAAUUUAAUUAGGUUUACUCUCAUUAAAUGGGUUUGAAUUUCAGACUGCUGGUUGGAGGAUGUUGCCUUCGGCUCUUUCACCAUUUUCUGACAUCUUGAAGCUGCACUAGUUAAUAUUUAUAUGUUACCGAGGGAAGAGGUCAGUGUGUAAAGGUUGCUAAUAGUGUUAAACCCACAGAGAGUUCUCAGUUGACUCUACAGUUCAGCAUUUAAGCGUCUUUGAGCUCUUUGUUUUGGUUUUAUAGCCUGCAACCUGGCUCAGUGUCACUGCUUUUAGAGCACUGUUUCUGUUUUUAGCCCAAAAAAAAGCAUUUAGAAAAGAUCAUUUAGCAGCUAAUGAGCCAUAUAUUUCCCUCAGGAGUUAGUAGAGACCAAAAAUGGAGCCAAAAGAGAGUGAAUAUUAGACUUAGAUUCAUCAUAAUGGCCAGGAACACGACAUCAAAUAAAUGUCUAUGUUGCUCUGUGUCUGCUGAAUGUGUAAAUAAGCAACUGUUUGCUAACAAGUUCGCCAUAUCAACUUAAAAGUUCAGUGGUGUGUUCACAGCUUUUGCCAUGUCCACAAGUGCUAAAAAAAUCAGUUAAUGUUAAGUUUAAAUCAAGUAAUCAAAAUAAUUACCAAAAGAUUCAUCACUAAUGAAAAUAAUCACUAGUUGCAACCUUAUUUAUGUCUGUUUCACCAGUGGGAGUUAGCUGGUAAUGUAGCAUAAAGAAAAAAAAAAGUACUGUUGCUAUGGUUACUUGCAGUUUUACAUACCUUGUGCACUGAUUUACAAAUGUGGAGAAACUUUAGAGGUCUUUUUACGUGAUUUUAAUGAAUACCUGUCAGCCAAUCAGAAGCAUGUCUCUCCAAAAUAAGCGGAAUGAAAAUGUUGAUUUGGUUCCCAACAUUGGCAUGAUGUGCAUUUUGGUACGCAGCAGUAGGACACAGCUGGGCUGCUCCUCCCACACUGAGUAUUAGGUCCAAAUAGCUUUGAGGGGGAUGAGGCUACUCAUGAGCACUUCCACACGCCUUAUUAUAAUACUGUUUUAAACUGUGUAUUUUGUCUGUUUUUGUGUGUGUUCAUAGUGACUUAUGGCUCUUUUUUUGUGCAUGUUUAUACUUCCUGUACAUAGAAUACUGUAAGUAUUUGCCUGACACUGUGUGUUAACCUUACAAUACAAACACCACUCAGUCUAACAGUAUCACUGUAACUGUAAAUGUUGCUGUAACAUUUGUCGUUAACUAACCUACCUUUUCCACUCACACAAGUUUUUUUUGUAAGUGUCGUCAUUGCACUGGAUGUGUCCGAGAGAAAAACGACCAGAGAGGAAAAUGUCUGGGGGGUGGUGGUGGGGGGGGAUAAAAGGCAAUGAAACAAAUAAACAGAUCGGCAGACUUUGAAAGGCGAGCAGGAUGAAGAGAGGGAGGUCUUCUGCUGUUGUUUUCUGUUUCCCAGUGCCUUGGCUCUAUGCUCUGUGGUGAAAUACACUGCCUUUUGCUGA